AUGAAGUUAUCUUUUAUUUCUCUUUUCUCCCUUGCACUCCUUGCAUCUGCCGACCGUUCCGACUUCAGUCUGGUUGGGUUCGCCAAGGACAAUCCAGUUGGACCAACGACUGGUGGUGCCGGCAAAGGUAGCCAGACUAUCACAGUGACCUCUCCCGCAGCACUUGUGUCAGCUGUCGCCGGCGACCUACCAAGGAUUGUCUACGCGAAAGGAAAAUUCAACCUGACUUCCCGUCUACGGGUUGGGAACAACAUCUCUUUACUUGGCCAUGGUCACGGAGCCGAGAUCACUGGAGCCGGCAUCACAAUCUCAAAUGCCACGAAUGUAAUCAUCCGCAACUUUAUCAUCAAACAAAUCGUAGGUGACGACAGCAUUACGAUUCGAAACAGCACACGUGUGUGGGUUGAUCACAAUGAGUUUACAUCUGGCAAUUUCCCUGCAGCUGGCCCUGACUAUACAGACGGCCAGGUUGAUAUCAUCCGUGCAAGCGACUGGAUCACCGUCUCUUGGAAUUAUCUCCACGAUCACUGGAAGAGCUCCCUUGUUGGCAAUAGCGAUGCGUUGAGAGACGUUGAUCUAGGCCAUCUACAUGUGACGUACCAUCACAACUACUGGAAGAACGAAGGUACCCGAGGUCCAGCUGCACGUUUUGGUCAUCAACACAUCUACAACAACCUAUACGAGGAUUUCCUCUAUCAAGCCAUUCAUAGCCGAAGCGACAACCAGAUGCUUGUUGAGGGCAACGUCUUCCGCGGUAACACAAAGACGGCUCUGACCACGUACGGCUUGGUCAUUCCGGAGGAUUCUCCCAACACCAGCCCGGAUGGCGAUUACGAAUUGGAUGGAUUUGCAAAUCUUGGUGCUAAGAAUGACUGGGGUCAAGCGGAUGUUAACAUCACUCAAGUUGGUAACUUUACGCGAGCACCAUACCAGUACAAGCUCACGAAACUUAACGAGGUGUCGAAGGUCGUAAAAGCUGGUGUGGGUGCUGGCAAGAUUUAA